AUGGUGAAACUAAUAGAAGAAGACGGCGACUCGUUUGCCAAACGGGCCGAAAUGUACUACAAACGCAGGCCCGAACUCAUAAGCUCGGUCGAAGAAUCUUACCGGGCCUUCAAGGCCCUAGCCGACCGUUACGACCUCCUCUCCAAAGAACUCCAAAACGCCAACCACACGAUCGCCACCGUUUUUCCCGAGCAAGUCCAAUUCGACAUGGACAACGAAUACGACGAUUGCCCCACCACCCCCAAACUCCCGAAAAAUUCCCAAACGCCCCCCGCAAACUUGCCUAAUAUCCCAAAGGCCCCCAUCGAAAACCUCAAGGGCCUCAUCUCCACCGCCUCCAAACAAUUCCAAGCCAAAAAAUCGUCGUCGACCGCUUACAAGAAGCCCAAAACCGCUGGCAAGCCCAACAUUGUCGUGAAAUCGGGCCUAGCAAAGGAUGAAGCCUUAGUCGAGAUAGAUAAGCUCCACAAAGAGAUACUCGCUUUGCAAACGGUCAAAGAGUUUGUUAAGAGCUCGUACGAAAGCGGGCUCGCCAAGUAUUGGUCGAUCGAGAACCAAAUCAUGGAGCUUCAAGACAAAGUUAGCCUAUUGCAGGACGAAUUUGACGUCGAGACUGUUAUCGAAGAUAACGAGGCCCGAACAUUGAUGGCCGAGGCAGCUCUUAAGUCUUGUCAAGAGACACUCGCAGUUUUGGAGGAAAAGCAGGAAAAGUCGACCCGCGAGGCCAAAGAGGAGUUCAAGAAAAUCGAGUCUGCUCGUGAGCUCUUGAAGUCGAUUAAGCACGAGUUCAUGAAAGAGUCGGCCGAAGACGAGGAGCAGAAGAAAUCGAGUAGUGUUGUCGAUGAUGAUAAGGGAGACGAGGGCAAAAACGAGAUUUUCUCGAAAAAAAACAACAAGAGCCUCGAUUUUGGAUCGACACUUACGGUGACUGAGCUGGCGGAGAAGAUAGACGAGCUGGUUAAUAAAGUGAUUAGUCUCGAAACCGCAGUCUCGUCUCAAACGGUCAUGAUUAACACGUUGAGGAAUGAAGCGGACGAGCUUCACGUGCAGAUUAAGAGCUUGGAGGAUGAAAGGGAGAGUUUGAUAGGAGACACGAAUAAUUUGAACACGAGGGUGAAGGAAAUGGAGGAGAAGUUGAAGAGGAUCGAGAAUCUGAAUAGGAAUGUCGAGAAUCAGAACACGAGCUUGCAGUCGAAUUUCGCUGCUGCACGCUCGAGCCUCGAGCACUUGUCUGAGAAGUUGAGCACGGUGAAGCCGGAAGAGGAAGCUGACGGAAUCGAAAGUUUUAAUAAUAAUAAGACGACAAAAGAUAAGGAAGAGGAAGCUAAGCCAGAAAAGGAGAUAAUAAAAAAGGAGGAAGAACAGAGGCCGGAGAAAACAAUAGUAAAUACAAACGAAAAAACUUUCGAAAAACAAGAAGAGAUAAAGAAUCCGGUUGAGGAAAACUCUAAAACGACGAACAUGAGCCCGGCAAAUCCAAUAAUCGAGGAGACAAUGAUAGAUGUGAAAGAAGUCGAACAAGAACAAAUCAAAAAACCCGCCAAGAAAAUGGUCACAUUCUUGGACGAGAAGCAAAAGGAAGACGAACCAGCCAAAACUGGGACAGUAAAAGAAGACGAGCUCAACUGGCAACAAAUACUCCUAAGCGGGACCGAAGAUCGAGAAACGAUCCUCCUCAAAGAAUACACCGCUAUCCUAAGAAACUACAAAGAGGUGAAGAAAAAGCUAAGCGACAACGAAAAAAAAGAAAAAGACAUUCAGUUCGACGUGACUCUCCAAAUGCGCGACUUCAAACAAGCGAUCCUCAAACGGGACCAAGAAAUCCAACACCUCCGCGACAAAAUAACCCGCCUCAUGCAGGCGAACAAUAACGACGUUGAUGUCGAAAUUACCGAAUCGCCCCUCAAGGACAGGGACGAGAUCAAGAUCGACUUCAUAGAGCAGCGAGAACGAACAAUCUCGCCCGUCGAAGAAAAGCUUCGCUCGGAAAUCGACGCUAUUCUCGACGAAAACCUUGACUUCUGGCUGAGGUUCAGCACAGCUUUCCACCAAGUGCAGAAGUUUAAAAGCGAAGUAAGAGAUUUGCAGGACGAAAUCAUAAAACUGAAGGAAAAAAAGAAGCAAGAAGGAAGCGUGAACCAACAGCACAAAUCCGAGGCUCGGCCCAUUUACAAGCACUUAAGGGAGAUUCAGACAGAGCUGAGUGUUUGGCUCGAGCAAAGCGUGUCUUUGAAAGACGAGCUGAAACGGAGGUUCGAGUCAUUAUGCAGCAUACAAGAGGAAAUUACGAUGGCUUUGAAAGAAGGGGUUGAAGAGGAAGAAAUACAGUUCAGCAGCCACCAUGCAGCUAAAUUGCAAGGGGAGAUUCUGAAUAUGAAGCAAGAGAAUAAUAAGGUGAGGGAAGAGCUGCAGGCAGGGUUAGACCAUGCGAGCGUGCUGCAGAUCGAGACAGAGAAGACGCUGAGUCAGCUGAACGAGGAGUUUGGGAUAUCGACAGAUCAGCCGAAGAUGCAGCACAAUAUGAGCAAGGCUCGUGUGCCUUUGAGGUCGUUUAUAUUUGGGACGAGAGCGAAGAAGCAGAGGCACUCACUUUUCUCGUUCAUGCAUCCCAACAGGAAGUUUCAUGUCGUGCGGCCUGGGGGAAUGGCGACGAGUGAUCAGUGA